AAUUAUGAAAUAGUAUGUGCCGGUGAGGACACUAUUUGUUUCUUGUAUCAAAUAGGAAGUCAGACGGGAAAAGCUACUCAUUUGCAUACGUUCCCUAUAAAUAGAGGGGUAGCUGUGAUAUCAGUAUACUAUUGUUCUUGAACUGUACUGUAAACGUAAACGGUUACUAUGCCAGAGCCAGCAAAGUCUGCUCCUGCCCCUAAAAAGGGUUCUAAGAAAGCUGUGACCAAGACUCAGAAGAAAGGAGAUAAGAAAAGAAGAAAGACUAGAAAGGAGAGUUACUCUAUCUACGUGUACAAGGUAUUGAAACAAGUUCAUCCUGACACCGGUAUCUCCUCUAAGGCCAUGGGGAUCAUGAACUCCUUUGUAAACGACAUCUUCGAGCGUAUCGCUGGGGAAGCGUCUCGUCUGGCUCAUUACAACAAGCGUUCAACCAUCACUUCCCGGGAAAUCCAGACCGCUGUGCGCCUGCUUUUGCCGGGGGAGUUGGCCAAACAUGCUGUGUCUGAGGGUACCAAAGCCGUCACCAAGUACACCAGCUCCAAGGGGAAUAUUUGUUACUGCUGUUGCGGUGAAUGCACGAAAGUUUCAGCUCCUUUUGGAAAAGUAUAUCCGCCACCGAAUCAUCCCCACUUUAUAGCCUGGUGAAGAGGAAAGAGGGUAUUUUCAUUCAGUAGAGUUUCCCGUUGAAGAAACAAAAGGUGAGUUUUAAAAGAGUCAAUAAACCGCGAGUCCUGGACCUGGGGAGACCUCGGGAGAGAGAAACUUUUGUUUUUCCUUCUAAAUAAAAACUGCACCGUGUACAAAGAAAUUUCCAAAGUAAUGAAACGUUAUUCUUUAAAGGAUCUUCUCUCAAUCAAGGCUCAAAGCCAGAAAUUUGAAUCAAUGUUUUCAUAGUAAAUUGAUUUCAAAGAGAAGGAAGUAACACAAACUCGUCCGUGAGCGUUGAAUAUGGAUUAGAAAUUAGCUUCUUUGACCAAAAUCUUUUACCCUCCUUAAAACGUGAAAUGUUCAAUUAGCAAACCAUGGAACAAUGCGAGGAGCAGACUGAAGUCCCGUGAGGGACUGUUUGUGCCCCAAAAGUGGAUGACUUG